GUGGCGUAGGCCGCAAACACUCUAGAGUUUGCCCCUCGAGGGAAGCCACAUCGGGAUGAGCUCUGCUGGAGACGAAGAGCGCGCUGCUGCGAGCGGAGAACAGAUCCGCCCGCCAGUGCAGGAGGGCCGCGACGCGGAGCUUGCAAGUUUGCAACGGCAGAUUUCGCAAUUGGCGGCCCUGGUGGAGGAGUCGGUGAAGAAGAAGGAGCCUGGUAGCGUCGUGGCGGAUGCAGCCAGUAGUGGCGGCUGGGUUACCGCCACCGGAGGCCAAGAUCAGCCCCUGCUGCGCACGGCGGAGGCGGGGGAAUUCUCCAGCAGCAAGCGAGAGAUAGUGGGCAAGGACCACGGCAGCUGCUGGAAGGCGGCUGGGCCAGCAGAUCGGGAGCGAACCCUGUUGGACCAGCCGGAGUGGGCCCGGGCAUAGGACCGGACUACGGGGAAGCGAGGGGGUUAAACCCCCCAGGUGAGAUACCCGUGA